AUGUACUUGACUGCAACGAGGCCAGAUAUUAUUCAUUAUGUGAGUGUACUUUCGAGGUAUAUGCACCGUGCCAGUGAAAUUCAUUUUCAAGCAACUAAACGUAUUAUUAGAUAUGUCAAAGGUACUAUUAAUUUUGGCAUCAUGUUCAAAAGAGCCUUAGAGUUUCAGGUUCAUGGAUAUUCUGAUAGCAAUUGGGCGGGCUGCUUAGAUGAUAUGAGAAGCACUUCAGGUUAUUGUUUCAUUUUUGGUUCUGGUGCAUUCUCUUGGUGUUCAAAGAAGCAAUAUGUAGUUGCUCAAUCUACAGCUGAAGCAGAGUAUGUUGCAGUUGCAUCAGCGAUGAAUCAAGCUUUUUAG